AUGAAUGACAAGCUCGUGGAAACUGUCCAUGCGGUCGGAGCUAUGUUCUGCAAGACCCACCGCAGAAGAACACAAAAACUCUCCGAUCACACUCUUAAUCUCAUGGCUGUUAGACGGGAGAUGAGGCUGCAAUCGUCAACAGAUUUGACAGCAUACAGGCAACUGAACAGACAGAUCUUCAAAUGCAUGCGGCAAGACUUACGCAACUUUAAUACUGCUCGUAUUAAAGAAGCGAUCGAGCGGAACCAGGGCUCCAAAGUCUUUGCCAGAGAUCUGUCUGCCAGAAAGAGCCAACUGUCAAAGCUGAAGACUGAAUGUGGCAGCAUCGUUUCCGGGACACCUGAGAUGUUGAGUGAGAUUGAGAGGUUCUAUGGGCAUCUGUACACAUCAUCGUUGGAGCCACACGCAAGUCACCUUAAAAACGGCAGGGCCCCAGGCGAGGAUGGAAUUACAGCGGAGCUUCUGAAAGCGGGUGGAACACCGGUUGCAGUCCUUCAGAAGCUCUUCAAUUCCGUCCUCCAUGGUGGCACUACUCCAGAGGCGUGGAGCAGAAGUGCGGUGGUCUUGUUCUUUAAGAAAGGCGACAACGCUCUCUUGAAGAACUACAGACCGAUUUCCCUUCUGAGCCGCGUCUACGUGCUGUUUUCGAGAGUCAUUACGAAUCGUCUCGCACGCAGACUCGACGACUUCCAGCCUCCCGAACAAGCCGGUUUCCGAAAAGGCUUCAGUACCAUAGACCACAUACAUACCCUGCGGCAGAUUGUACAGAAGACUGAAGAGUACAAUUUGCCACUUUGCCUGGCGUAUGUGGACUAUGAGAAAGCCUUUGAUUCCGUCGAAAUUUGGGCGGUGCUGCAGUCCCUUCAGCGGUGCCAAGUUGACUGUCGGUAUAUCGAAGUGCUGAAGUGUUUGUACAGUAGGGCUACGAUGGCUAUCCGAGUACAGAACCAGAGCUCGAAACCUAUCCAACUGCAGAGAGGUGUAAGACAGGGUGACGUUAUAUCCCCCGAAACUCUUCACCGCUGCUUUGGAAGACGUUUUCAAGCUACUGGACUGGAAAGGAUACGGUAUUAA